AUGCCGCAUUUUCCUCGCUUCGAUCCCCCUCUCGAUUCUCGAUCUCCGUCUCGAUCUCCUCGUCGUAAAGGUCACUUCGCCGUCAAAGAGCUUGAUCCUCUCCUUGCAAAUCUAUCUCCAGAUUCUACAUUGAAGGCUCUUCAAGCUACCGAAACCAUCCCCGGCGGCUCUGCACAGGAUGCGUUGACUUCGAGUAUUGGUGACGCAACUCCUGCGGAACGAGAAAUCGGUAUAAGAGCUGCUUUCGCUGCACAAAAACUUCGUGAAUGGCAGAUCGAAUUAUCACAAUGGACGUGGCCUGGCAAACGAGAACGUGCUCUAGGCCUAGGGUUUAUCCCUCCACGAGAAGCCCGGGAGACGAACAGUGAAUAUCGGGGGUUUCUGCCCGUAUCCUUAGCGGAGCAAUACGAUGCGAGACUCGAGGAAAUUAGAGAUGACCUUGACAGUCUGGGAAUGGAAGACAUCAAAGACCAUGUACUGGAGGCGCAUGUUCCGUCUGCAUCAUCGCCGUUGUCGUUCAGGUCCACUGCUAUUCGCACAAGCUAUGGCAGGAUGCGAGACUUUACAGCCUUGGUUACGGCUACUGUAAUCCAGGCACUUCCAGAUCUUGCGAAGUUGAACGCUUUGCUCGAUACGUGGGACAUACGCUUAAGGGUGCUGCGAAGCCUCUCACCUUUUCUUGCAACUAUGCAGUCCACGGAACGUGAGAUUGAGGCAGCUUUCCAGGCAAUCAGGAACGCUGAAUCGGCACAAAAUGUCAGAGCCGAAUCGUUCGAGAACAGGAAGUUGGCUUUGGGCGGUCGAGUCUCCGAUCUAGGUCGAUGGGUUGAUCGACUUCUUGAUAUGCUCGAAGGGCACGAGGAUUCGCUGCCGCAAGGCUGGAUUGAUCAGUUGGAAAAGAUUGAGCUGGACUAUGCUACUUGGGUGGUCGAAGCUCAGCAUCUUGUUCACCAAAACGAACUAUCUUCGAGAAUGGUCAAGGAUUCCGUGGCUGAAGAGAUGCCCGUGAACUUGGUGACUGAUGAAUCCAUUCAAGAGGAGGUGGCUAGCGGAAAAGCGACUGCACCCGAACCAGAAGGGUUGCAAUCCCUCUCUGGCACUGCUUUCCAACCGACGAAUCCGCGCUCUGGUGUAGCGAACAAGGAAGAAUCCCAACCAAAGCGGAAACCCUCCCUGAAGCUUGACAUGUCCGGGCGCAGAGGACACAAGAGAGAAAUGUCAAAGGUUUCAGUGGCAGACUCUACAUACUCGACAUUUUCAGACAUAUCCAAUGCAGAGAUCAUGGACGCUAAAACCACCAGCGUGCUCCCGAGUCCGAAAGUCAGUGUUGUAGACAAUCCGUUCCGGACGAGUCGGGAUGAGCUCACCUGGUUUGGCAACCCUUCUGCUGCCCAGCAACAUAUGGCCUCCAGGCCGCCUGUGCUGCAGAGAGCUUCGACGGCGUUGAUAGAAGUCGUGCCAAAAGAACAGCUGAAAGAGGUUCUGCUCAGACGCAGUGUGAGCUGGGACAUGCUCUCUCGCGUUCCCUCGAGUCCUGAGAGUACUCCGACCAAGGCUCUGAAACAGUUGACCGGCUCUGAUUCACCAAAGAAGACGGCGCCGGUAGCUGAGUUGGAGGCUUCAGUUCCAGGACAAUGCUCUCCAGUCCGAUCGACGGGUACGACUCCAUUGUCCUCGCCCUCACUGCAAGUCGAGCCAUUACACAUUCAAAACAAGGAUCAGCAUGCAGAUCCUGUCCUUCUGCCGUCUCUCCCUCGAAGAUCAAGCAAGAGAAAUGUCGUGGGCGGAUACAAUCCAUCCUCCCCCCACAAAUUAGUUGCAAGCAUCGCUAUGGACGUGAAGGAAAAUAAUCAAGAUGAUCAGACUCGAAAUUUUUCGACCACUCCGCCAGAAUCAGCAUCCAUCAGACCGCCGAGGCCCAAAGAAUCUCUUGAUGAUAAGAUCCAAGACAUACUCACAACACUUCCAACUCAAAUCCGGCUUACAAAGGAUGGAGGAUCAUCGGGCUCUACGCAGCAGUCUUCAAGGUCGUCCACCCGUUCUUCCACACCAAUUCCUUCUCUUACUUUGUCGCCGGCCAAGGCAGAGUCUUCCAGCCGCAAAAGUAGCUCCACAGAGCCUGAGAUCCGUGUAUAUCAUCUGAGCCGCACUGGUCAAGCUCGCGAUGCUCCUCCAGUAAAACUCUUCGUCCGGGCAGUUGGAGAUGGUCAUCGUGUAAUGGUCCGCGUGGGCGGAGGUUGGGCCGACUUGGCAGAGUAUCUGAAGGAAUACAGCCUUCAUCAUGGGAGCCGGGCCACUGUUGACGGUCGAUUGGAAGUUGCCAGCUUUCCUGGCAGCCGCCCAAAGGACUCUCCGAUUGCUGCCAACGGAAAUGGAACGUCAGGACCUCAAGGUCGACCAAAGACUACAUCUCCAUCCGCGACUCAGACGACUUUUGGCCUCACUUCGUCGCCUGAGCUGGUCAACCCCAGGAGACGAUCAUCACCGUCAAGGCCUCGUUCUCCUGAAACUGUCCGAAAAUCACCUCGAGGCGAUGGUACAUGGACUCCACCGCCAGUACCACCUAUCCCAUCAUCCUACACCGCUACCUCUCCGACGAUCGCGACCGCCACGAGGUCUGACAUGGACGCUAUCACCAGUUCUGUUGACCGAGACAGAGUUCAGUCCACGGCCCAUUCACGACAUUCCUCUGGUGCUGCUGGAGGGCUGUCUAAUAUGCGGUCUAUCUCUAUUAACAGCCCCGGGGUGACUACGACCACGGUCGUCACUCCUCCUGUCACAUCAAGUUACACCCCGCUAGGCGCCGCUGGCCCGAAGAUGAAUGGACGACGAGCAGCUACUUUUGGUACGACCUCAACAGUUAGUAAUGAUGCCUGGGUGGAGGGCCUGGUCGGCAAAGCCAGAGCUGUGAGCGGAGGCAACUCGACCGUCGUACAGGCACCAACUAUGACGACGACAACCACCACGACCACGAUUCGUUCAACAACGCCAAUAACUGGUCGGACUUCAUAUUUCGAGUCAAGUCCAAGUCCAAGAUCGAGUCCCAUGACCGGUUCCUCGAGUCCCAGCACUGGGUCUGUGGCUAGCGAUGCAAAGAGCCGCCGCUCAAGUCUGAGCAUCAGGUCUAAGAGCCGCAUGAGUUUGAGCGACAUGAGCGGGAUCAAAAGAGUCUUUUUGCGGAAGAAGUCGGAGCAGAUCAGAUGA